CCAGGGACGGUGUUGCACUCAAACCGUUCCGGGGUUAAGAACAGAACAGUUGUUAGCUAAGCUGUUUGUGUAUGUUGAGCUGCUGUAACAUUAAAUAUACGUUGGUGUGUUUAAAUGGCUCUGUACACAGCUGUCGCAGCUGUCUGAGCUUGCCUGCAUGUAGCAGCAGGGGCUCUCCAUGCACACUCAUCCUCCCCCUGAAGUUGUCAGUCUGUCCGUCUGACUGACUGAUCCUGUCACCAGCUGUUGAACCACAGCUUCUGUGGCUGUCAGCAGGAUGUCAGACAGUGGGAACCAAUCCUGUCUGAUGGCAGCAGAGGACACUGUCUCCCUCCUGGUGUGUGUGUUUCACGCAUGGGAGGAAUGGGCAGGCCUUGGUCAGAUGGAGGACUAUCUGAGUGUUCUAGAGUACCUGCUGUGGGUCUUCACCCCUCUGGCCAUCGUCUUCAUCUUGCCCUUCCUCAUCGUCAUCCUCCUUUACCUUUCUAUACUCUUCCUUCAUGUCUAUAAGAGGAAGAAUCAGCUGAGGGAAGCUUAUUGCAACAACCUGUGGGACGGAGCCAGGAAGACCCUGGCUACUCUGUGGGAUGGACAUGGAGCCAUAUGGCACGGCUAUGAAAUCCAUGGAAUGGAGAAGAUUCCUGAGAAAGGACCAGCACUGAUAGUGUACUAUCAUGGAGCCAUUCCCAUCGACUACUAUUACUUUCUGGCCAAUGUAAUCCUUCAGAAGGGACGGACCUGCCACUCUGUAGCUGACCACUUCCUUUUCAAGAUCCCAGGUUUCAAGUUACUGCUGGAGGUGUUCAGUGUGAUCCAUGGUCCUCAGGAGGAGUGCGUGCGGGCUCUGAAGAAUGGUCACCUGUUGGGGAUUUCUCCAGGAGGAGUGCGAGAGGCUCUGUUCAGUGAUGAGACCUACCCUCUCCUCUGGGGCAAACGCAAAGGCUUCGCCCAGGUUGCCAUUGACUCUCGAGUGCCAGUAAUUCCAAUGUUUACUCAAAAUGUGCGGGAAGGCUUCAGAUCUCUGGGAACACUCAGAUUUUUCCGCUGGGUGUAUGAGAGGUUUCGCCUCCCUGCUGCCCCUCUAUAUGGUGGAUUUCCUGUCAAAUUCCGGACCUUCCUUGGUGACCCCAUCCCGUAUGAUCCCAACAUAAAUGCUGCAGAGCUGGCAGAGAAGGUGCAGCAGGCAGUCCAGUCGCUGAUAGACCAGCACCAGCAGAUCCCAGGGAACAUCCUGAGAGCCUUGUUGGAGAGAUUUCACACCAAACACAAAGAGCAUUAACAUCAGCAGAGACACUGUGUGUGACCAAAAAACAACACGUCAUGUUGGCUCAGGUGGCUGCAGUGUGCACAGGUUUGGAGGCCUAACAUUUUAGAAUAUUUGCUCAGCUUUCUUCACCGCCCCCCAAACACCACUGACUGCAGCCUCUGAGGUUCCUUUUACACCCAGGAUCCUUGUAUUCUGGCCUACAUUGACUCCCCUUUUCAUCUGCCCAUUCCCAGGAUGAAUUUGGUUACAGCUAGACUUCCUGAAGUUGUGUUAUUGGACGUGACAGUAAUCAGACCUUAAAAACAAUACACAACAAAAUAAUUAUUUUCCAAUACAGAGUAUAAAUAUCUUAUUUCUUGUGUUCCGAUAUCCUUUGUCUUGAUCAAGUACUGUAAUGUAUGAUCAAUUGAAGAUGGACUUAAGAUUAAUUGCGGACUGAUUGGUUGGUUGAACUUCUGGUCGUUGUUCUCAGUUUAAACAUAUGGGAUUCAAGCAAUUUCUUUAUUACCUCCACGAAAGAGGUUGUGUUUUCGGUACCGUUUGUUUGUCUGUCUGCAGGGAUAUGAAACUACAGGAAACUUGUAUCAAUUGUGAUACAAGUACAGUCUAUAAAUUUGGUUUAUCAUCAAUGCCUUUGAAUCGCAGUGACUAUGCAGACAGUUGCUUGUAAUUAUAUACUUUAACAGCACUUUGAGUUUGCACAUCUUUGACUUUGAGCAAACUGUUGAACACACUAAUUCCUGGAAUUAGGCUGCAGGAUUACAUCGAGUCUUAUUAGGCAGAGCAGACAGAACUGAACCUGGAUGCUAAGGUGGGCCCACUAUAAAAGGCUUGACAACAUUCAUUUGUAUAUAGAGUCCCACAACUACAAAAACAGUAAAUGGCACUUUUUCUUAUAGUGGUUACUGUGUUCAUACUGUAUAUUCCAGUGGUUUCCCCUAACUUUCAGGCAUGCAGUUAAACUUUACCAGGUCACACUUUUCUUCUAAUUUCCUUCUCUCUAUGUUGAAAAGACAACCACAUUUUGAAGAUGGUUAAAACAUAUAAUAAUAUAUAUAUAUAAUAAUAUAAAUAUAUAACAUAUAUGUUGUUACAUCAGCUAGCUAACUCACAAUUUAUUUGUAAAUUAGCUAGCUAGUUAGCUUUUGUGCUAACAUUACCUUACAGGUGUGACUAGAUAGCUAGUUAGCUAACAUUAGCUAGUUAAUAAUGUGACUAUAUAUUUUAUCUAACCAUUUUUAAAUAUGUGGUUGUCUUUUCAACAUAGACAAGCACAUACCAUACCAUCAAAACUUCCAAUAAAAGCAGGUUCCCGAAUAGAAUCAGGUCUCCUUUACAAGCCUGGUGUGGCUACACAUUUUUUUAAAAUAAACGUGGGCCUCCAAUAGACACCUGGAAAGAUUUUAUAGAAAAUUAACUGGAUGUAUAAAACCUCUUGCCCGCUUGAGCGAGUUUAAAGCGGUUUAGAUCGCCUACACAAAUGUUUAAACUUUUGUUUUUUGCCGAUGCACAUAGUCAGAUCAGUUAUUCUCCACAGUUCAAUCGUUCAGUUCAUUUUACGGAAAUUGUGACCCAGAGUAUACUGUUAAUUUAUUCAGACUUACUGGCAUGUUAACAAGAGAGACGGAAAAAACCUUGAUCAUUAAGUCCGUACGAUCUGUGCCCAUACCUCCAUUAUUCCUUUAUUCCGUAAGGGUCCACUGGUCAAAAGAAUCAAAAGGGUUUUAUCAAAACUAAUCCAAGUUGUGAAUAUUGUCACGUGAAGUCUGUUGCUCACUGUCUGUAUGCUGGCUGCUGUAAAACAACGUUCAUGUUCGUAUCUAAGUACAGGAAAGGAGAAAGUUGACUGAGGUUCUGUUAUUGGAGCAUGGAGCAAAAAGGGGUGGGACUUGGGAAGAGUGAAUUGAUUAAUCAAUCAUGAAAGUAAUCAGUAGCCCUACAAAUACCAGCGGACUUGCUGUACCAGAGACGAAGCCAAGUCAUUUGUUCUAACAAUGAUGAUGCUUUCUGUGCCUUUUAUCAAUCUGUCAAACUUCACAGGUGACUGACAAACUCAGUCUAGAAUAAGAGUAUAUUUAGUAAGAUGGGGAGACUUGCACACACCUAAAAAUGUGCAAAGAUGUAAACUGAAUUGUUUUUUUUUUUAAAGAAAAUGAUUGAAGACAAUAAGCAGAAGCCAGGGUAAAAUAGGCAGAGUUUGAUUUGUUGUUUAAAGAUAUCAGCGAUUUCAGCUCCCCUCACAUUGUCCCUUCAAGAUCUCCCAUCAGCUUACAGAUGAGAGCUUAAGGCUGUCUUACCAAAGGAUUUUCUCCUUUUUUAGUAAAAGUUUUAAAAUGAAUACCGAACAGCAACAGCAGAUUUGAUAAUAAGCCAAGAGCCAAAUGUCCUUCAAAUCUUCAAUUAUGCAUUAUUGAGUUUUUUUUUUUUUUUUUUAUUAUACCGCAGAAACCAUUUUGGGGAAAAAAAAUGUUUUCAUCAGUGAUACUAUAAGUAUUCCCAACCCACGUCAACACAGAAGAACUGAACUGAAGGGAAGGCGAGUAGAAAUGAUCUGCAAAGAGUCUAAAGCUCAGUUUAAGUAAAUAAGAUGAAACUAAUCUCUGUCGUUCACUGUAGGAAAACAUGUUCUGCAGCUCAGUCUGAAUGCUAUAUCUGUGUGUGUGCAUGUGCGCGUGCGUGCGUGUGUGCGCGGUUUAGCCUUCAGCAGCCUAGGAACAGACCAAAACUGAGCCUUUCGCCUUGACAGAUCCAAACCAUCAGUGUAUCUUCUCACUGUAAUAUGUCUCAUAUCAGUACAAAUACUUAUCUAUCUCUUUACUAGUGCAUUCUUUGUGUGUGUAUAUAUUAAUGAUGAUGUAAUAUGUAAUUACUUCGGUGCUUUAUCUGCAGUUUUGUAAACUAAUAAUUUUUCACGUACACGAUGUGAUUUGGAAAAUGAAGUAGUCUUUGUGUGUGUGUGUGUGUGUGUGUGUGUGUGUGUGUGGUGGUAAGUAUGAGUAUGUAAAUAUUGUGAUUCAACAGACUGUUUUGUACACAUACUCUUCAAAGUAUUACUGCCAUCUUCAUUUUAAAGAAGCCUUUGAGAGACCGGUGUGUUUUUGAGCGUCUAACUGGAUGCGUUAUAUCUGAUCUGGUUGCAUGUUUCCAUGUUAAUGUUGUUCAUUUUGAGAUGAUCUAAUGUGCACUUUUAAAAUUUUGUCAAUAUAAUAUAAAUGUUGCACUUUUAAAUAUUGAGAUCCACUGCAACCUGUUAAUAAAUCUAUUUUAUUAA